UUAUUUAUCAAGCAGGCAAUUUUUUACGUUAUCACCAAGACAAAGCAAUUAAGUUUGCAUAUAUUUGUAGUGUUGUUGAAGUUAAUAAGAGGCAAUUACUCAGAGCUGAUCUGCUUGUUCUAUAUAGUGGGCUUUCUAGACACUUGUAUAGUAUAAAUAGAAAAGCACAUGAAAUGAAUAUGGAAGAACUUUGGCUUGUUGAAGGACAAGAGUGUUUGAUUAUACCUAAAAAUAUUACUCAAAUUAAUGUUUGGUUAAAGGAUUUUGAUAAACCAGUAAAAUAUGAAUAUUUUGUAACUGAAAUAUUAUAUAGUUUUAAUAGUUGGUGGCAUAUUUGUAACCUUACUAAAAGGCACAGAGCUCCUUAUGAAUAUAUACCUAUUUUACUAUUACUACCACGACCAAUGCCUAUUAAAAAGAUUUUUCUUGAUAUCUACUUUAAUGAUUUUGGAACAUUUCGUAAUUCAUAUCAUUCAUUAGAAGGGCAACAAACAAACUCUGCUCGUCGACAACUAUCUAGUCAAUAUAGACUUAGUGCAAAGCCAGUUCUUGAUACUCUUUAUUGGGACAGAUAUUUACAAUUACCACAAGAUGCUUAUCAUGCACUUGCUGAUAAAGCUACAUAUCUUCUAAAUAUAACUCUUAGAUAUUUAAAUACUAAUAGAGAAGUAGCUUGGCUUAAGUAUACUUUACAUCUAGCAAUAUUAAUGCCAUUUAUUCUACGUUACUUUUUAUCACCUUCAUAUUUAAAGGCUGAAAUAAUUAAACAUUUAAAAAAUGUAUAUAAACUUACUCGUAAUAAUCAUGCUAUUAUUAAACUAAUAGAACUUUGGGUAGUUGAAGCAAAACUACUUAAGUUGGCUUUCUCAACAACAAUGACAAAUGACACUUAUAAGGAGCUUCGCAGUUUGUUUGAAAAAGAACGAAUUGGUUUUUUGAAGAUUUUUCUAAACAUAUUUGAAAACUUACCUAAUGUUCAUAUAAAUAUCCAUUUGCUACAACAUGCUCGUACAUUUGCAACUCUUGUGAACACAUCUGUUGAAGUCAAAGAAAUG